UCCUCUCCUCCAUUCCAUUCUUCAUCUUCUUUCUUGUAGCCACCCACCCGCCAGCCAGCGACCGGCGGCCAUUUCCGUUUCAUCUCCAUUUCAUUCCGGACGGUGCCGUUGUUCAAGGCAAGCAGAGGGGUUUCUUGGCGUUCAUGUCGAUGGCGCAGGUGUGCUGUGACUCGGCCUCGUCGGCGGUGGUCGUCGGGGCGGAGGCGGAGGCCCGGGCCAGGGCGCGCGCCGGGAGGCGCCGCAGGGCGGGGGACGCUGCGGCAAGGUGGAAGGUCGCCGCGGAGGUGCCGCAGGGCGCCGACGAGGCCGCGGCCACGAGGAAGCGGCGCGCGGCCGGUGGCGAGGUGGUCGCCGCGAAACGCCACGGGUUCACGUCGGUCGCGGGACGGAGGAGGGAGAUGGAGGACGCCGUCUCCAUACGGGAGGCCUUCACCGUCCCGGCCGAGGAGGGGAAACCCGGGCGCGACUUCUACGGCGUUUUCGACGGGCACGGCUGCUCCCACGUGGCGGACGCGUGCCGGGAGCGGAUGCAUGAGCUCGUUGCCGAGGAGCUGGCCGGCGCGGCCCGGCCCGAGUCCUGGACCGCCGCAAUGGUGCGCAGCUUCGCGAGGAUGGACGCCGAGGUGACAGCCGGCGGGGGCGGCGACAGCGCCAGCUGCCGGUGCGAGGUGAACAAGUGCGACCACGUGGGGUCCACGGCCGUGGUGGCCGUAGUGGAGGAGCAGCGCGUCCUGGUGGCCAACUGCGGCGACUCCCGCGCCGUGCUCUGCCGCGACGGCGCGCCCGUCGUCCUCUCCUCCGACCACAAGCCCGACAGGCCGGACGAGCUGGAGAGGAUCGAGGCGGCCGGCGGCCGCGUCAUAUUCUGGGAGGGCGCGAGGGUGCUGGGCGUCCUGGCCAUGUCGCGCGCCAUCGGCGACGGCUACCUCAAGCCGUUCGUGACCGCCGUCCCGGAGGUGACGGUGACAGACAGGGCGGCCGGCGACGAGUGCCUGAUCCUGGCCAGCGACGGGCUGUGGGACGUGGUCAGCAACGAGACGGCGUGCCAGGUGGCGCGGGCCUGCCUCCGGAGGGGCAGAGAGAGGUGGUGCGCCGAGGCAGCCGCCAUGCUCACCAAGAUGGCUCUCACGAAGAACAGCUCGGACAACAUCUCUGUUGUCGUCGUCGAUCUCCGGCCAAAGAACCAUUUAUAGGAGGGCCAUCUUCCAUUGCAACAGUGAUAGUACUGGUAGAAACAGCAGGAUCAAAUCCGAAACUAGCUCCAUAGUGAUUCUACUGAUUGUUUCUCUUCUUUUCCUUUUUGAAAAUUCAUAUUUUUGCAAUAUUUCUCCCUGAAUCAAGUUCAGUGGAGUACAUAGAUUAUGGUGGGGUUGUGGAAAGAAAUAACAACGGGUGUAACCAAAGUUCGAUCCUGGAAUUGAAACAGAAGUUGAGUUCA